UCCCCCGGGGCGGCGCGGCGCCUGCGGUCGGCGGCGCGGAGGCCGGACCGGGCGGCGGCCCAAGCGGCGCGGGGGGCGCGGCGGCCAAGGCGGGCGACAUGACGGACAACAUCCCGCUGCAGCCGGUGCGCCAGAAGAAGCGGAUGGACAGCAGGCCCCGCGCCGGGUGCUGCGAGUGGCUGAGAUGCUGUGGCAGAGGGGAGCCCAGGCCCCGCACGGUCUGGCUGGGGCACCCCGAGAAGAGGGACCAGAGGUACCCUCGAAAUGUCAUCAACAAUCAGAAGUAUAACUUGUUUACCUUUCUUCCUGGGGUGCUGUUCAACCAGUUCAAAUACUUUUUCAACCUCUAUUUCCUGCUACUCGCCUGCUCCCAGUUUGUUCCUGAAAUGAGGCUUGGAGCGCUCUAUACCUACUGGGUUCCCCUGGGCUUUGUGCUGGCCGUCACUAUCAUCCGAGAGGCGGUAGAGGAGAUCCGAUGCUAUGUGCGGGACAAGGAAGUCAACUCCCAGGUCUACAGCCGGCUCACAGCAAGAGGGACAGUGAAGGUAAAAAGCGCCAACAUUCAAGUUGGAGAUCUUAUCAUUGUUGAAAAGAAUCAGCGGGUCCCUGCUGACAUGAUCUUCCUGAGGACAUCAGAAAAAAAUGGGUCCUGCUUCCUGCGGACAGACCAGCUGGACGGGGAGACGGACUGGAAGCUGCGGCUGCCCGUGGCCUGCACGCAGAGGCUCCCCACUGCCGCCGAUCUUCUUCAGAUUCGAUCGUAUGUCUAUGCAGAGGAGCCGAACAUUGACAUCCACAACUUUGUGGGAACCUUUACCAGAGAGGACAGCGACCCUCCAAUCAGUGAGAGCCUGAGCAUAGAAAACGCGCUGUGGGCCGGCACUGUCAUCGCGUCAGGAACCGUGGUUGGUGUUGUUCUCUACACUGGCAGGGAACUCCGGAGUGUCAUGAAUACCUCAAAUCCUCGUAGUAAGAUCGGCCUGUUUGACCUGGAAGUGAACUGCCUCACGAAGAUCCUCUUUGGCGCUUUGGUGGUGGUAUCGCUCGUCAUGGUUGCCCUUCAGCACUUCGCCGGCCGUUGGUACCUACAGAUCAUCCGCUUCCUCCUCUUGUUCUCCAACAUCAUCCCCAUCAGUUUGCGUGUGAACCUGGACAUGGGCAAGAUCGUGUACAGCUGGGUGAUCCGAAGGGAUUCAAAAAUCCCUGGGACCGUGGUUCGUUCCAGCACGAUUCCUGAGCAGCUGGGGAGGAUUUCUUACUUACUCACAGACAAGACAGGAACUCUUACCCAGAAUGAGAUGGUUUUCAAACGGCUCCAUCUGGGCACCGUGGCCUAUGGCCUUGACUCAAUGGAUGAAGUACAAAGCCACAUAUUUAGUAUUUACACCCAGCAGUCUCAGGACCCCCCCGCUCAGAAGGGCCCCACGCUCACCACCAAAGUCCGGCGGACCAUGAGCAGCCGUGUGCACGAAGCGGUGAAGGCCAUUGCACUCUGCCACAACGUGACUCCCGUGUACGAGUCCAACGGCGUGACCGACCAGGCUGAGGCCGAGAAGCACUAUGAGGACUCCUGCCGCGUGUACCAGGCGUCCAGCCCAGAUGAGGUGGCCCUGGUACAGUGGACUGAAAGCGUGGGCUUGACCCUUGUUGGCCGUGACCAGUCUUCCAUGCAGCUGAGGACCCCUGGCGACCAGAUUCUGAACUUCACCAUCCUGCAGAUCUUCCCUUUCACCUACGAAAGCAAGCGCAUGGGCAUCAUCGUGAGGGAUGAAUCAACUGGAGAAAUCACAUUUUACAUGAAAGGAGCAGAUGUCGUCAUGGCUGGCAUCGUGCAGUACAACGACUGGCUGGAGGAGGAGUGUGGAAACAUGGCCCGAGAAGGGCUGCGGGUGCUCGUCGUGGCGAAGAAGUCUCUGGCGGAGGAGCAGUAUCAGGACUUUGAAGCCCGCUACGUCCAGGCCAAGCUGAGUGUGCACGACCGCUCUCUCAAAGUGGCCACCGUGAUCGAGAGCCUGGAGAUGGAGAUGGAGCUUCUGUGCCUGACGGGGGUGGAAGACCAGCUGCAGGCGGAUGUGCGGCCCACCCUGGAGACCCUGAGGAACGCCGGCAUCAAGGUUUGGAUGCUGACGGGAGACAAGCUGGAGACGGCCACAUGCACAGCAAAGAAUGCACAUCUGGUGACCAGAAACCAGGACAUCCACGUUUUUCGGCUGGUGACCAACCGCGGUGAGGCCCACCUCGAGCUGAACGCCUUCCGCCGGAAGCACGACUGUGCGCUGGUCAUCUCCGGAGACUCCCUGGAGGUGUGCCUCAAGUACUACGAGUAUGAGUUCAUGGAGCUGGCCUGCCAGUGCCCGGCCGUGGUCUGCUGCCGCUGUGCCCCCACCCAGAAGGCCCAGAUCGUGCGCCUGCUUCAGGAGCGCACUGGAAAGCUCACCUGUGCAGUAGGUGAUGGAGGCAAUGAUGUCAGCAUGAUUCAGGAGUCUGACUGUGGUGUGGGCGUCGAGGGAAAGGUGAGCAGGUGCACUCUUCCUUUCUCCUUGGCACAGGCUGUCUUUUCCUCCGUGUUUUAUUUUGCCUCCGUUCCUCUCUAUCAAGGAUUCCUCAUCAUCGGGUACUCCACCAUCUACACCAUGUUCCCCGUGUUUUCUCUGGUCCUGGACAAAGAUGUCAAGUCGGAGGUCGCCAUGCUAUACCCCGAGCUCUACAAGGACCUCCUCAAGGGGCGACCGUUGUCCUACAAGACAUUCUUGAUAUGGGUUUUGAUUAGCAUCUAUCAAGGGAGUACCAUCAUGUAUGGGGCACUCCUGCUGUUUGAGUCGGAAUUCGUGCACAUCGUGGCGAUUUCCUUCACAUCACUGAUCCUCACGGAGCUGCUGAUGGUGGCCCUGACGAUCCAGACGUGGCACUGGCUCAUGACGGUGGCGGAGCUGCUCAGUCUGGCCUGCUACAUCGCCUCCCUGGUGUUCCUGCAUGAGUUCAUCGAUGUGUACUUCAUUGCCACGCUGUCGUUCUUGUGGAAAGUCUCUGUUAUCACUCUGGUCAGCUGUCUCCCCUUGUACGUCCUCAAGUAUCUGCGAAGACGGUUCUCCCCUCCCAGCUACUCGAAGCUCACAUCAUAGGUGGAGGGGACUCUGGUCUCUGCGUGUUCCUGACGGACAGAGUUCAAGUUCCAUUUAUAUUACCCGCCACCUGUGGAUUCUGCAGUAAUUGCUAACACGUGCAGUUCUGAUGUGCAGAAGCUCUGCACGGAGUCCUCACACUGAGUAGACAGGAGGGAGGUCCUAAGAGGGGCCCACACAGGCCUGUUUGAACCCCUGGUGAUGCAUUUUUGGGUGAAUGUGAAUAUGUGAAAACUGGUGGCUCAGCCAAGAGAUUGAUAGUAUGGGUCACUGCGCAAGUUUCCUUGUGACUUGAGUUUUGUUGUCAUGUGAUAAAAGCUUCUGUCUAAUUGAAGAUGGCAGAAGGUUUUUUGUUUUUCAGCCUGAACAUAUGUGUAGUCUUUAUGUCUUUCUCACUCCUAAAAUCUGGGUUUGGAGAAAUGUGAAGCUCCCAGUAUAGGUUUGGGGGAAAAGGCUGUGAUAUUUGGCAAAAAAGUUAUCCAGACAAUAAUCUCACUUUGGAAAUGCCGGACAUCCUCUCUAAGGCAGCCCUGCUUACUGACGUGCUUACUGACGUCCCAGGAUUACAGAAAAGCAAAGGAGAGGAGAGGAGAGGAGAGUGCCACGAAUCAAGGCUGUUACCCUUCAUCUGAGGCAACCUCUACAGCCCUCCAGUUAACGUUGCCGGCCACCUCGUAAAAGAGUUUCAAAGGUGUUACCCUGCGUUGUUGGGACCUGGUAGGAAUCAUAAAGCCUGUGGCCAUCUGAGGACACCCUCUGACAUUUUCAGCUGAGCUGUUUUAGCAGGAAACGUGCCACCAAACAGCCUCUAAAUGUGUCGACAGUGUGAUAAGAGACUCAACUAAUUCCUUAGACAACAUCGCACAUGUGGCUCAGACCCUGAGUGCGAAGUGGAAAGGUCAGGGACUGGGGCUCUUUACUUCCACUGAAAUCUGUUUCCUGUUAGGAGGACUUAUUGAAGACACAACGGCAAAGGCAGAGGCGUCUUACCGGGCUGCCAUUUAUCGGUGGCAGCUUCAAGAAAGGGGCUCUGGUCUGAGGAGGCCCAGGCAACAGCUUUGGCGUCUGGGCUCUGUUCCGCUGCCUACAGAUUUCAAGCGGAACUUGCUGAAAGGCAGCCAGUGGUAAAGAUUCCUCCCGCACCAGGAUGGAGGACAUGCAUGUGUGUUUCUUAUAAAGCUGUGGCUUCUCAUUUCAGAGGAAGAAAGGAGUUUGCAAGCGCUGGACGUGGCGGGGCAAGGCAUUCUUGGGUUUUCAAGUCACCUCUUGGAGCAGCCACAUCUGCAUGCCGUAGGGUUAAGUUGGUAGAUCUUCAAGAGCUGACUGUGUUUGAGAUCUGAGAUUUAUGAUUGAUUCUUUUUGAGGACAUCCCCGUCAACCCUUCAGCAUGACGUUUCUUUUGCAUGUGUGCUUCAGAGAGGUAAGUUCCAGCCUGGUUGCCGAGGUCCACCACCCGAGGUCUCUUGGAGAGCUGGGGACAGGAGGAGCACAUAGUUCCUCGCUUGGAGCCCUCCUGAUAUGUCAUGGAUUUGUGGUCCCCUUUUAAAACUUUGUACAAUGACAGUAAGUUGCAGGCACUGGUAAAUUGGUUAUUGAUGUCAUUUCUGUUUUAAGAUCCUGCAGUUUUGUAGAAUUUUCCCUUUCCUGCUCCAGCGAUUUCUGCCGUACAGAAGAGAUCUAUAGAGGAUAGAUAUUGCAGUGAAUAGAUUGUUAUUUAGGAAUAGGAUCUUGGUCCAAAUCUUGCAGAAAGUUUGAGCAGGUCUGACUCCUUCCGGAGUGAUCUGAGCUUGCUUCCAAGUUCAAGGGGGGAGAAUAAUGUGCUUAAUGUUUUUACACCUCUGUCUGUCUUUUUGGAAGUCAGACUGUAAAACUGGACAUCAUAAGCAGUUCCACUCUGAGUGUGAAAACCCAGAACCUAGCCUUGUUCACAGCCAGGUGAUGGCUCUGGCAUGUAGGUUCUUGUGGAACCCUCGUCAGGAAAGUCUAGACGUCCCCUGAAGAUAAAGGGAACGAAAAUGGUCUCUUUGGACUUUUCCUUAAUUCCUAAUUUUGAUCAAGGUGCAUGAGAUAACUUUUAAAGUCAAACUCCUAAGGUACCACUUGGCAUCUCGAAGGGAGGGAGCUUCUCAGAGGGGCUGAAGAAGCCAUCCUGGAAGUCAAGGGAUGCUCGUCAGUGCCAUGACACGCCUCUCUGUGCAGCCAUCUUGGACACAUGCUGAUGGACACAGUCAAAGGCAAAAGGGAACAGAACCCAGGCGGACCCACCAUGUUUUCCCGACCACCAUGUCGGUGCACAGCCUGUUCUCGUCACCCGCUGGGACUCCCCGGGCAUCUCGGAUUGUGCGAUGUGUGUGCUUCUCCAACUCAGACCCCAAGGCAGGAGCCUCAAGUCAGCUGAGAGCGUGCAGUCCUUGCUGGCAUGUGUCAGACUGUGUCCAAACAAAGAACCGGUACACAUGGGUGCUUCCAGGGCUCUGCUCCUUGUGACAGAAGACAGGUGAACAAAGCAUUGAGCUAUUGUGCAGGAAACUCCUGAGUUCAUAAGCAUAAGGAUUCUGUUGACCUUUGUCUUGGUUCACCAAUCUGGAAAGAACUUAGGAAGCCCCACUCACCCCUUCCCUUUGCCUCGGGACUCAGUGGGACCAAACUCUCCGGCAGCUGAUCUAUUUUGAGGUCAGAGGCCCCAUGGCACGCAAUCAGUGCUGUUUAAAUGUUUUUCCUUAAGGUAAAAAUUAUGAUUCUCCCUACCCCCCGACGACACUAGGUAUUUCUGUCAGAGCAAGUCCUUCUAUUUUAGUUACUUUUAUUACAUCUUUUGGUGACAGUUGUGUGUGUGGGGAGAGUGGGAUCUACCUAGUUUCUUUUUUCCUUCCUUCCUCCUUUUCUCCAAGAAAAGGACCAGACAAGUAAUUGAGUACUUGCUCAUAUCUGACAGUUUAGAUGUUUAGAUUGUAGUUUUGAGGGCGUGCAUGCGCACAUGUGUGUCACGUAAGGUGCUGGGUGAGACUGGUGGCUGCUCAGGGCAAGCAAGGAAGGACGUCCCAGGAAGCAUCCUGACAGUGGAGCACACCACCUGUUUACAGCCACCCGGGGCGGGGAGGCCAAGACCUGGAUUUCUCCCACUGUUAGCAUUCAUAUAUCCAGACCCCAGACUCAACCCCCUUAGUAAGUGAAACCCUUUUUUUGUAGCUGUAAGCCUACAUACCAGCGUCUGCUUAUCCUUUCCUCAGUGGGUUCUCUGCUGAAAAUUGAGGUCAUGCGGACAACUUUUGAAUGUAUUUUGAGUUUUGUGCUCUUUGGAAAUUGCCACAAUAAUGCCUAUAUUUCUUCCUCCAGACUUUUGGUUUUAUACUUUGUUUUUACUGCAGUUGGCAUCAGAACACCCUCACUCCUUUAUGGGGCAGCAUUUUAAACCUUUGCCAAAGUUGCAAAUGGGACCUACGUGUUCUGCUCCAUCCUAUCUAAAGCAAACACCUAUCAGCUAUUGUUUUCUUUAUUUUUUUCUGUGUGUGAUUGAAACGUGUGUGUGAGUGCGUGAUGUCAUCUCAAGUUUUUUGAAGAGAUUAUUUGGUUUUCAUUAAAAUUUCUUUGCUUCCAGCUUUGUUUUCAUUAAAAAAAAAUAAGGCACUUUGUAAACAAAAUAUUUUAAUUUCACCCUCAUUUUAAUGUAAAGCUUUUUGUCAUUUAUAUACUUCUUAGGAAAUAUUUCCAUUAAUUAUGUCCAUGUCAUCUUGAAAAAAAUACAUGUUUUUGAAUGGAACUGAAAAGUCUAUGUGAGCAGCAUCCCUAAUUCUUUGAGUUUUCUAGCAUCUUCUUACGCCAAAGCAGCGUUACCUGUGACUCACGGCACGGUUGGAGGUAUAGUCUGAUAAUGUCAUUGGGCAAUGUGAGUGAACAUUGUGUUUGUGGGGGACAAGUAUGUGUGGGGGGGUGUUAUCUGCAAAAAAAAAAAAUUUUUGUGGCUUACUAUUUUGUUGCAAUGGGGCAAACUGUGAACUCUAGGAUUUUGUGACAUCCUCAUUAGUAGGUCUCUGUAACCCUCAUUGCAAAUAUUCACCAGAGCAGCGUUUCUUCAUUAGAGGACAGCUCUGGCGCAGUGUGCUUCAGCUCAGCAGGAACUCCCAGAUGAUUUACUCUCAAUCCUGUGAUGACACACAUGUGAUCCUGCGUGUUUCCGAGUAGUUUUACUUUCAUUGUCUGCCAGCGUGGCCUGUUGCUGUUGCCCAAUAAAGCUUGUGUACUUUA